GUAUGUCUGGAGCGGAGUCCCUUUUCACCUGGGUCUAUGGACCGCGUGCUUCAGCGCUAGGGAACAGUGGAGCAGGGCAUCACAAGCCCGAAGCUCUGCGACCCGUGCUCUUUGUGUUCUAUACGCUGGAAACCAUCUUGAACAUGUUCUGCAUGUGUUAUCACGUCACAGGCUUUCAGGUCAUCAAAGUGCACAGGUUCAGUUGGGAUGCGGUGGCUAUCCACUACUUCUACCUCCUGACCUUCACCUUCUUCUCGAUGGUGACGCUCUUACAGAGCGUGAAUAUAUGCACGGGUAACACGCCCUCCGUCCGCUUGGAGAUUUGGAAAUCCUCGGCGGCCGCCAUCGCCUUCAUCCUGAUAUCCCUGACCACCAUGUGGGAUGCGGAGCGGCAGUUUUACGUCUUCUUCCUGUCCAGCGACGUACAUGAAAACCCAGUCAACCAAUAUUUGGAGGACGUACCGAUGCACCCGUUCUUCUUCUACCUGCGUGGACAGUCCAUCUCGUCGCUGGCCUGCGGAGUACUCUACCUGCUCCACGCCACCAUCAUGAUCGACGUGAAGUUGACCAAUGACCGGAACCAGGGUGAGAGCAAGGGCACCUACAUGCCCAUACCGCUUUUUGUGCUGGGCAAAUUCAUCCACAGGAAACUAAGCGAAUACGAGUGGUUUCGCGAGUACUGCGAGAACGAGCCAAUUUACUUGUAGACGUACUCGCGAAACUUUUCUAUAAUGAGCCAGUGGAGUUUUUGCCAAAAUUGCAGUUUCAUAUUUUGUAAUACCGCCCUUUCCAAAUUUUGUAAGUCU